UCUUUUCAUUUCCCUUCUGGUUUCCUUCACCACCUUCCCUCUCCUCAGUGAUAACCGACUGAUCGUUUAUUCGAGGAAAUGGCGACCGCUACUCUCAACGCUACCGAUGCCGAGAAGAUCAACAAGCUCAAAUCCGAUGUUGCCUCUCUCAGCCAGAUCAGUGAAAACGAGAAAUCUGGAUUCAUCAAUCUCGUAGCUCGCUAUCUGAGUGGCGAAGCUCAACAUGUUGACUGGAGUAAGAUCCAGACACCAACUGACGAGGUUGUGGUGCCUUAUGAUACCUUAGCCCCUGUGUCUGAAGAUGCUGCUGAGACCAAAAGCCUUCUAGACAAACUUGUGGUGUUAAAGCUCAAUGGAGGCUUGGGAACUACAAUGGGAUGCACUGGUCCAAAGUCUGUUAUUGAAGUUCGUAACGGCCUGACGUUUCUUGAUCUGAUUGUCAUCCAAAUUGAGAGCCUCAAUAAGAAAUAUGGAUGCAGUGUACCCCUGCUUUUAAUGAACUCAUUCAACACUCAUGAUGAUACAUCAAAGAUUAUUGAGAAGUAUGCCAACUCCAACAUUGAGAUUCAUACAUUUAACCAGAGCCAAUACCCUCGCCUGGUUGUUGAAGAUUUCAGGCCACUUCCCUCCAAAGGAAACACCGGAAAGGAUGCAUGGUACCCUCCUGGUCAUGGAGAUGUCUUUCCGUCUUUGAAGAAUAGUGGGAAGCUUGAUGCAUUGCUGUCAAAGGGAAAAGAAUACGUCUUUGUUGCCAAUUCAGAUAACUUGGGUGCCAUUGUUGAUCUGAAAAUUCUCAAACAUUUGAUCAAUAAUAAGAAUGAAUACUGCAUGGAGGUCACACCUAAAACAUUGGCUGAUGUGAAAGGUGGUACUUUAAUCUCUUAUGAAGGGAAAGUACAGCUUCUGGAAAUAGCUCAAGUCGCUGAUGAACAUGUCAAUGAAUUCAAGUCAAUAGAGAAGUUCAAAAUUUUCAACACAAACAACUUGUGGAUUAACUUGCAGGCUAUCAACAGACUUGUUCAAGCAGAAUCACUGAAGAUGGAAAUUAUUCCCAACCCUAAGGAGGUGGAUGGGAUCAAAGUUCUUCAACUUGAGACUGCCGCAGGUGCUGCGAUAAGGUUCUUUGAUCAUGCUAUUGGAAUAAAUGUGCCUCGUUCUCGCUUCCUGCCUGUAAAGGCGACGUCUGAUUUGCUUCUGGUCCAAUCUGAUCUAUAUACCUUGAGUGAUGGCUUUGUUACUCGGAACCCAGCAAGGGCCAAUCCAGCUAACCCAUCUAUUGAUUUGGGACCUGAGUUCAAGAAGGUUAGUAACUUCUUGAGUCGGUUCAAGUCCAUCCCCAGCAUCAUUGAGCUGGAUAGCUUAAAGGUGACAGGCGACGUAUGGUUUGGAGCUGGUGUUACCUUAAAGGGGAAAGUGACUAUUACUGCCAAGUCUGGCGCGAAGCUAGAAAUUCCUGAUGGAAAGGUGAUCGAAAACAAGGAAAUCAAUGGACCCGAAGAUAUCUAAAGAAGUCAUAAGAGAUGAGAGGCUCAGCUGAGUUCAAGGAAUCGACGAGUUCUUGGAGGUGUUUCUUUUUUUUUUGAGGUGUUUCUUUUUUUUUGUUUGUAUUAUGUAAAAUGAAGAAUAAGUGGGAUUUCAUAUGUGCUACAUGAUAUUGUAGUUGCACUACUGCUUUUGUCCCCCAGUAGGUUGCUGCUGCUUCUUGUAAUGGGAGGAGUAAUAUAAUCAUCUUUUUAUUGUU